CAGUAAAAGUAAACGAAUAAAAAAAAACGCGUGACUUUCCCAGAGGACGCUAUAUCUACCAGCACUAGAGUAAAGCGUGCAACACGAGCCACGUGCAGCGGAUAGUUAAACCGCUGCAACCGAAGGUUGUAGAAAACAUGCCAUCUGUAGGAGAAAUAGGAUUUGCUACGUUACCAGAACAAAUUCACCGGAAGUCGGUAAAAAAGGGCUUCGAUUUUACCAUGAUGGUAGUUGGUGAAUCUGGACUGGGAAAGUCAACACUUAUCAAUAGUUUGUUCCUGGCAGACCUUUAUAAGGACAGGAAGAUCCCGAAUGUUGAAGAAAAAUUGGACAGAACAGUAACUAUUGAGAAGAAAACCAUGGAGAUUGAAGAGAAAGGGGUCAAACUUAAACUAACUAUAGUGGACACACCUGGGUUUGGAGAGGCAGUCAAUUGCGAGAACAAUUGGAAGGUAAUAGAAAGUUACCUUACUGAGCAAUUCAACCAGUUCUUCAAGGAUGAAAGUGGACUAAACAGAAAAAAUAUAGUGGACAACAGAGUCCAUUGUUGCCUUUAUUUCAUUCCUCCAUGGGGACAUGGCCUGCGUCCUUUGGACAUUGAAUUCAUGAAGCACCUGCACCAGAAAGUAAAUGUUGUUCCUGUGAUAGCAAAGGCAGACACACUUAAUGCGAAUGAAAUUCGUAGACUAAAAGAUAAGGUUCUUCGAGAACUAAAAGAGAAUGAGGUUCAUGUUUACCAGCUACCUGAUUGUGACAGUGAUGAAGAUGAGGAGUUUAAACAGCAAGAUCAUGAAUUAAAGCAAAGUAUCCCAUUUGCUGUGAUUGGUAGCACUCAGGUUGUGGAGGUAAAUGGACGAAGAGUUAGGGGGCGUAUUUACCCCUGGGGUAUUGUAGAAGUGGAGAAUCCAAUCCAUAGUGACUUUCUUAAACUACGCACAUUUUUAGUCAGCACCCACAUGCAAGACUUGAAGGACGUAACUCGAGAUGUGCAUUACGAGAACUACCGUGCUCAGUACUUAACUAAGAUAUCUCAGCAAGCAUCACGAGAAAGAGGAAAACUUAAGAGAGACUCUAAGCCUUGUGAGGAAUCAGUGGAAGAAACAGAUUUAUUGUUACAACAGAAAGAAGAAGAAAUCCGGCGAAUGCAGGACAUGUUGAAUCAAAUGCACCAAAAACUGAAAGCUGCAGGUAGAGAUAGUAGCGAAAAUGGCACUGAUUCUGAUAACAGGAAAGACAGAGAGAGUGUGGAUCUUUAAGUUAUUUUAUUGUCCCCCAGAUGGCGAUAAACUCAUUGUAUAAGUUAACUAAUCUGAAAGCAGAUGAAUUAUAUCCACAGUUCCAGGGAUGUUAUUCUGAAAGACAUAUAUCAUAAUUAAAAAAAAGUAUGUUAUUUUUAUAAUGUUUUUUUAAAAAAAAAGGAUUUCAUUUGAAAAUAUUUCACGUUUAAUUAUUGUUAUGAUUAUUUAUAGACCAUAAAUGCAAGGCGAAAAAUAAUAAUUAAAUAAAAAAAAAAGAUCACAAUGAUGAAAGAAGUAAUAAUCUUUUUUAUUAUUUAA